AUGACCCCUCCGUUGGUUGCCCUGAUAACCGCGGGCAGCGCUGGUCUCGGCGCCGCCACUGCCCGUCUCUUUGCCCGGAACGGCAUCCGCCUAGUCAUCAGCUACGACAGCAACGGCCAAAGGGCCUAUGAACUUGUCGAAGAACUCACGAAUAUCUCCCCGCUAACAGCAGCUAGCACAGAUCGCCAGGACAACUACGUUGCCCUCAAGGCUGACUUGGCUGAAAAGGAUCAGAUCAGCCAACUUGUCGACAACACUAUAUUUAUCAUGGGCAAACUCGACAUUGUCUUCUCCAAUGGCGCAUGGAUCCGUCUUCGAGACAUCAACGAUCUGGAUGACAACGUGAACGAGGAAGACUGGGAUACGUGCUUCAACAUGAACGUCAAGUCCCAUCUCUGGUUGAUGCACGCUGCGAAACCGUAUCUGGACCAAACGGAAGGUGUCUUCAUCACCACUGCUUGUUUGGCAGGUGUCAUAGUUAGCGGGAGUUCGCUUGCCUACUCCGUCACCAAGGCAGCGCAAAUACAUUUGGCCAAGGGAUUGGCACAGAUUGCGGCACCCAAAAUCAGAGUCAAUACUGUAUCUCCGGGCCUUAUGCUUACGGAUGUUGCAGAGCAGGUACUCUGUUUCGUCAAGUCCAAAAGUGUAACAGGAGUGAACGCCAUUAUCGAUGGAGGAAUGGUGCUCUGA